CAACAUGGCGGCCAACACGAAGGAAAAUCUGCGAAUCUCGUGGUUUUUCUGCCAUUUCUUAGUAUUCCUGGCCUUCCAUGGGACGACAGUGAGCGGGGAGAUGCGGUGUGUGAAGACAGGCCCGUGCAGCUGUGAGAUGGCGGACGGCUCGGGGAAAAUCGACCUCAUCACAAUGGCGGAAGUAGGAGAACCCAUGGUGUACGAUGAACAGGGCAGAGACCUGAACUUUUACUCCUUCAACCCGUGCCUGCCGUUUGAAGAGCCAAACGGUAUCGAUGUCUGUGCUAAUGUGGCCGUGUGCAUGUACCGGGAGGUGGAUGGGGUGGACACGUAUUACAACUGUGGGGAACAUCUGUACUCAGACUUUGUCUACAACAACGAUACUGGAUACAUCGAUCUUGUCUAUACAGGUGGAUAUGAGCUGGGAGACGUGCGUCACACGGUCAUCCAUCUCCAGUGCGGCCUCAUCUUCGACCUUGAUAUCCAAGGUUACCAGGAGGCCAGCCGGACGGUUGUCAUGACGAUGGCCACGCCCUGUGCCUGUGUGACGGGGUGUGAGGGGUUUAAGGACCUCAGUCCUGGGUCCGUCCUGCUCAUCAUAUUCACAGUCUCCCUGGCGUUCUACUUCGCUGCAGGUGCGUUUUACCUUCACACAGUGAGGGAGAAGCAGGGCUGUGACAUGAUCCCACACAGACACAUGUGGGCCGAGCUGGGCAGCCUCAUCAGGGAUGGGUGCUGCUUCGUUAUGGGGCCUUGCCGGGGAAACAGCCCAGACGUUCUCUAUUCGCAGUAUGAGAGGCCAUCGCAGUAUGAGAGACCCGAGUACGACGGACCUGUGUAACCAUGGUGAUGGUCACCGUGGUGAUGGUAACCAUGGUGAUGGUAACCAUGGUUACAGUAA